AUGGAGCGCCCUGCAGAAGUCCCCGGCUCCCCUGUGGAGGCGAUGGAGGCCGCAGAACCGGAACUCGGUCUCCAUCUCGCCAAGCGCCGGCGCCUCUCCGCUGCUGAAGAGUCUGAAGACUUCACUCCCGAGCACACAGAUCGGCGGCAGGAAGUGCGCAGUCGUCCACCCAUCGUUUUGCCUGGAAUCGUCAGCCGCGCGUCGCCCUACGGGCUGAUCGCUGUCAGCGACGCCGAGUCGGGCCGAGCCUCGCGCCGAACACGGUCAUCGGCGUCUCUGGAGACUUCGGCCGAAGAGAAGGAGACAGGCACGUCCCCGGAGCUCGGCCCCGGAGCCUCGUGGAGCGUCGCCCGGGCCAAAGGCAAUGGGGCCAAGGGGCGGGGCAGCGGCGACACCGGCCAGUCAGAGAAGAGGGGAGUCAGUGAGUCCCGAGGUCCGCUGGGAGGCCGCGCUGUGGCGCCUGGACCUCGUCGCGCGGACGAUGAGCGAAUGUCCACGUCCUCUCACAGCCCCGCGGGAGAUGGCACCCACGCCGUGUGUUGGGACAGCGAUGCGCUGCCGUCGCCCUCCGACUUGGGCCUCUCUGAAGCAGACGACGAGGAGAUGUCGCCGCGCAAACAUCCCCUGCCUGUCGCGGAGAAGAAGAACUUGGCGCGCUUCGCGGAGCACCCGCUACAGAGCGUCGGGAUCGCGUCGUUCUCCGUGCCUUCCGGCGCGUCCUCCAGCAAGGGCUACCCUCCGACGAGGUCGCCCUUCGUGGCGGACUCCGACGCGGCCGUGUCUCCUGCCGCCUCGGGCUCGAGCGGCGGAGGCGUGGGCGCCGGGGGAGCCUGCGAAAUCGGCGGCGCGGUGCUCCAGGGCGCGCGAGGCGCCUUCGCCGAUUUAGAAGGCAACGGCCCAACAACCGCGAAGGCCACCCCCGCAGCCCACUCGCACCUUGGCAACAUGAGUGGUGUCUUUGGCGACGACAUGCGCCGAGAGGCAGAAGAGGACUCUCUUCUUUCUGCGAAUCUGGGGUUGGGCGGAUCCGGCGGUGUCUUGACGGUCGAGGAACUGCUCGCAAAACCCGCGGAACGGGCGCAAGAGCCCCGGGAAGCCGAGGGAGCGAAGACCGACUUUGACUGUCUCGCAGCCCUGAUUCAAGACGCCCUCGGGGAGGCUGGUGGCGCGAAACGAAGACGCAGAGCGCCUCUCGCAGGCUUCAACGCCCCACUGUCCGCGCACCCUGCCUCAGCGUCGGUCUCCGUCGAGCCUCAUCUCGGUGGCGUGGGAAACCGGGCGAGGGGGGCGUCCCUCACGACAGGGGAGGCCGAAGCCCGAGCCGAGUCGGACGGCGAGGCGGUCCCGGGCUCCAGUCGACAGAGUUCACUUCGCCUCCAGUACGACACGCGGAACGGGGGGACGUACGAGGAAGACUUGGACGACGUCUCGCUGUCAGUUCUUCUCGGGCAGCCGGACGGCUCGGGGAAAGCGGCGCGUUCCGCCUCGGCAGACGCGUCGACGGCUGCGUCUGUGUCCUCGGUCUUCCCUUCGGAGGCCUGCAGUGUCUACGCACCUGGCCAGCACGGGAGGCCGACGCAGAGCCAGGAUCCCGCGAAGGAGCGUCAGCGGCGCCUGGCCCGCGAUCGGGAAACUUUGAACCUUUCUGCGCAAAUCGCCGGGCGGUUCAAGAGCUGUCGUACGGAGGACGUAAUGCGCCUCUUUCGCCGCUACCUCGCAGCCAGUUCGCGGCAGGUUCGCGAUCCCGCGACGCUAGAGCGGGUCGUCGCGGCCUGCUGCUACAUUUCAUCUCGGCAGGCCAUGGACGGUCUCUCGCUGUCGGACAUUUGCCACGAAAUGGACGCGAGCAACGGACAAGACGCCCGGCCCCGCCAGGGCAGAGUGAAGAAGCCCGCGGACGAGGCCGCCGGCCGACCGGAGAGCGACCGGGGGCGAGCCGGCGCGUCCUCGUCGACGCGCUGCAAAAGCUUGGGGAAGUGGGUGGUCCGAAUCUGUCGAAAGCUGCAGCUCCAGUCUCUGCCCGAGAAGGAGGAAGACCCUGAAGACCGCGCGAACCGCGUGCUUGCUCGAGUCAAACAGCUGCUGAUUGCCAAGAUGGAGGAAGAGGAACAGCGGCGGCCCCAGCUCGUCGACGCGCUCGUCCGUGCGACGCAGGACGCGGAACAGAAGCGGCUGAAGGGCGCAGCCGAGGAAAGUGAAGCGACGUCACUGGUUUCGCUGGAUUUCCUCUUGGGCGGAGACCAGCGCCGGCGGGACGACAACUGGGACGGCGACAGCGCGUUCGACUCGGCAGAGACAGCGAAUCAGGCGGGUCUCCCCAGAGACGCGGAGGACGGGCGCGAAUCCGAAAUUGAGCAGCGGCCUCCACAGGCUCCGAAUGCGCCGGCGCCGGCCCCUGGAAGUCAAGAGAGACAGGCCCUCAACGCCAUCGAGGCGCUGCUGGCCCAAGUCGCUGGAGGCACGAGUUUCGACUGCUUCGGGGGGUUUUCCUCGCCGACGGACGCUGACCUGCCUGGAGGGACUCUGCCUGCAGGCGGGGACGCCUGCGCGGCUCUCGGCCUGCUCAAGAGCGGGAGAGACGACCUGUCCUCGGCUGGCUUGCGCGCAGUGGACGGAGAGGCAAGAGCUUCAGAGGCAGAGAGGAAGACGGGACGCGGAGACGCGACAGACCGCGAGGGAAGACCGGGCGACUCCGCUGCCGUAGAACGCGACGCGGACAUGGCCUCGAGCUCCCAGGCGGCGAGCCGCGACGACCUUGUCAACGGCGUAGGCGGCGAGAGGCGAGAUGGAACAGUCACGGGGGCGAGCGGCGCGCCGGGAGAUCGCGCAGAGAAAAACGGAGACAAUCCUGCCGCCUUCUUGGGCCAAGACAUCUGUCCGUCGCUGUUUGACCCCGUUGACUUGCCUGGCCUGUCGGCGUCGCGCUCCCCAGCCGAAGGCGACUCCAGUCUCCAGUCGCUUCUUCACGCGUCGCCUGACGGGGACUCGUCUCCGUUCUCGCCGGUGCUGACGUCGCUUCUCUCGGCGUCUCUGCCGCCCUCGGAAACGCUCGCAAAGGCCAAAGAAACGCAGCCCGCGGCGCGCCUGCAGCUCCAGCGGUUCACGUGGCUUCAGAAGAUGCGCGCGGAGGCCCUAGAAAAACUGAAGAAGGAGAAAGACGCCGUCUUCCGCGGGCUUGUGCUGCUCCAGCGCAUCCUCCAGCUCUUCUACGACGCCAAGCAAGACGAAGCGGGCGACGAGAGAGACGACGAGGGCGAGGAAGACGGCGAACGCGAAGGGAAAAAGCGACACAGAGGAUGGACAGAAGAAGAUCCUCUCGACAAACGCUGGCGGGCCCGCGGUCGAUGCGACUCCGUCUCUCUGGCUUCCCUCAUCAUCAUCGUCUUCAAGUGGAUGCAGAUUCCCGUGCCUCAGCGCAUUGCUUUGGACGCUCUCCACGUCGACCGCAAGAGCGUCUACAAGCGCCGCCUGGAACAGAUGCAGAUCCUGAAAACCCUUUUCGGGCGACUUCGCGGCAUGAUGGAGGAGAAGGGCGGGUCUUCGAGUCCUGCGCCGUCUGCGGAGCACCUGGCGGCUUCGCUGCCCCCGCAUUUGGCUUCACUGCUCCAGCAGGUGAUCCACAGCCCUGCCACGAUGCAGCGUCUUCUUGCGUUGGCUGACGAAGAAGAAGAGUUGGGGAACUUCAUUUCUUCCUCGCAGUCUCUGGGCUCGAACAGCGACUCGGGGAAGGCGCCUGGAUCACUCGGCGGGGCCUCCUCGUCUCCCCCUGCCUCCUCUUCGCUCUUGCCGAUCGAGGCCUCGCCGGCGCCGCCGUCUUUUGCUUCGCAGCCUGUCGCGCCGUCAGCGGAAGCUGGCUCGGACCUCGCCUCGUCUUCUUUCUUGGCAGCCUUCUUGGCUCAGGUAGCCGGAGAGCGCGAAGGCAGCGGGAAGGCCCAGGGCGUCGAUGCGGAGAAGGCGCAGCUCGGGGAUUUCCAGAGUCGCAAGAAAAGAAGAACUUCCCACUCGUCUCUGCCGUCCGCCGACAAGGGACGUGGGUCUCUUUACGACAGCGACGACAGAGAGGCGAGCAGCGCGGUGCCUUCGCCCCCUUCUCUCGCGAGCCUCUGUUCUUCGCUCGCGUCGUCUUCUCCCCUCAACCCGUCUGACUCGCCCACUGCCUCGGGCCAGAUGGCUUCUCCGCGAUCAGCGCGAAGCCGCCUUGCUGGCGAGGCGACCUUGCACGGCGUGGGAACUGCGGGCGACUCCAGCAUGGCAAGCUCCGUCCGGGCCGCCGAAGGCCUGGGGACUCCUGGAAAUGCAGCGAGUCGUCUUUUCCCUUCGCCUUUCGGCUCCGGGGACGGCCAAAGUCAGAUGGACCUGGAGGGCUGCAAACCCGAUCUGCGGGGGCGGUCCCUGCUGGAACUCGGCAGCGUCGAUUCGUCGUCUUCUUUCGCUCUCGGCUUUACCCUCGCCGAGGCGCUGCUGCGCCACGGCCUCUGUCUCCCUUCGCCCCAAGUCCCACCGGCGACUGGCCUUCCUGCAGACGCCCCACACUUCCCGGCGACCGAGCCACUGGCCGAGGCGUCUCUUCCAGCGGGCGACGCGCUGUGCAUGCAAGCAGCUGAAGGCUUCUCACCGGCUGCGCACGGGAAGCCCCGGCGCGGGAGCGCGUGCCCUGCGGCCGCGUCUCCAGCGAGUGCGCCCUACAGGUCUUCCAUGGCGUCGCCGUUCGGGGCGGAUCCUGACGCAGGGCGCGAGAGUGAAGGCCGCGAAGCCGAGCCGAACAACGUUUUCUUCGACAACCGAGCCACGCGAGACAUCAUUGCGAGUUUCUUGGCGAGCGCCAGCGCCGACGGGCACCUGGGGUCUGUGGGGUCUGCGUCGGCCGCGCUGCGGGCGCGACACGCCCUGGACGAAGAGGCGCGGACGCAGCAGGCCCGCAGGCCUCUCGCUCCCUCGCCCAAGUCGUUUUUGCAGAACGGCACCGCGCGCGUCGGCCGCAGCGCCAGUGGGACGUUCUCAUCUCGCCGGCCGUCUUCCCGAGUCCCCCCGCUCCCCAGCGCGUCCGCGUACCGCAGCAGACCUGGGGGCGACGGCGCCAGUCGGCAGCGCUCGUCUUCUCCCUCGUCUCUCUUCGCAGCUGCAGCGAGCAUGGCGGGGGCGCUUCCAGGCUCUCUCGCUGCCUCUCGACCUGGGGUGUCCGGGGCGCUGUCGCCAGCGCUCGAGAGGCCUCAGCGAGACGACCUGGUCGCGCAGGGUCUCGAGGCCUGUCGGCGGGGCGACUUCGAAGACGCGAGCGUGCAGCCGUCCUCUCCGAUGGCAGCCCUCGCGCUCUUGCCGCCGUCGGCGUCUCUGGCUGCCUCCUCGCGGUUCUUUGGGGCGAGUGCCGGGCGCUCACACGCGGCCUCGGCGACCGGUUCCGCAUUCGGUUCUGCGCUCGCAUUGGGCUUGCCGGGGGCUGCGGCCGCGGGCCCCGUAGGCAGUGACCCGUCGCUCUCGUCUUCGUCGAUAGCGCUGGGAACCGUUGCCCAUCUCAAAGCUGCGGAGAAGGCACUCCUCGACUCCGUUCCAGAUUCCGCGCGAGUCGUGUCGCUGCAGUUCGAGCGCACGCAGCAGCGGUGGGUGUGCAAGUGGCAGCGGCACAAGCCGGCGGGAGCGCCUGCGAAUCGGAAGGAGCCUUGGCACCGCAGAUGUUUCUCCGUGAUCAAGUACGGCUACGAAGGGGCGCAUGCACUCGCCGCCGCAGUCGCGAAGAAGCUGCGCGACGGACGCCGCGCGCUCCUCCAGCAGCAGCGGCGGAUGGAGGAGGAGGCCGACGUGGAAGGCAUUCCGAGGGACGACGAGGGCGUCACAGGGGAGGCUGAGGAGGAAGGCGCGGUCGUGGGCGCAGAGGAAGAGGAGACGGACCGGAGACUGGAGGCCGACGGAGACACGACUCCGCGGCGAGCAGCCGAAGAAGGAAAACAGUAG